AUGAAGCCUGAGUUUAGCCUUCUGCUUUUGCUCUCAAUUAUUGUGUUUGGAGCCAUUACGGUUACAAAUGCAGGAGGUGGUGCCCCUGGUGGUCGGGGAUUGAGACCUAACUUUUACAGGUUUACUCGCUGUCCCCAAGCUGAGAUGCUUGUGAAAGCCCUCACAAUAAGCAAAGUGCGAAGUGACCCUACCUUGGCUCCUAAAUUGCUUAGGGUGCACUACCAUGACUGCUUUGUUAAGGGAUGCGAUGCCUCUAUACUCCUGGACACAGUUGGAACUAAUCAAUCAGAGAAGGAUGCAAGACCGAAUCAAACACUAGGAGGCUUUGAAGCAAUUGAUGAUAUCAAGGCACAAGUGGAAAAAGCUUGCCCGGGUAUUGUAUCAUGCGCAGAUAUUCUUGCAUUGGCUGCUCGUGACGCUGUUUCCUUUCCUUUUGGACGGAAUUUGUGGGAAGUGCCUACCGGAAGAAGAGACAGCAGGGUGUCUCUUAUAUCUGAUGUCAAUGGAAACCUGCCUUCUCCAUUCUCAGACUUUCCUACCCUUCAACAGUUGUUUGCCAAGAAAAAUCUCAACGUUAAUGAUCUCGUGGCACUAUCAGGUGCACACACCAUUGGAGUAGCCCACUGUGGAGCAUUCUCGAGAAGGCUUUUCAAUUUCACUGGCAAAGGUGAUAUGGAUCCAAGUCUUGAUGCAACCUACGCUCGAACUUUGAAGCAACAAUGCCCCAACCCGGCCAACCCCGCAACAACUGUGGGAAUGGAUCCUCAGAGCUCUCGUUCAUUUGAUACUCAUUAUUUCACCAUUCUCAACCAAAAGAAGGGCCUAUUCCAAUCUGAUGCAGCACUUCUAACAAAUGCCGAUUCAGCUGCAAUCGUGAAUCGGCUGCAAUUUCCGAGAAAUUUCUUCUUUGAGUUCGGAAGAUCAAUGGUGAACAUGGGAAACAUUGAAGUGCUGACUGGAACCGCCGGAGAAAUUAGGAAAAAUUGCCGCGUU